GAGAGGAAUUGACUUAUAAAAUAAAGAAGCAGAGAGCACAGAGCAGAGAGCAGAGAGCACAGAGGAGAGUUGUGUUGGGAUAUUGAUGCGCGUGGCAGUUGUAGGGAAAUGGCGGUUGAGACAGAGAGGGUAUUGCGAUUGGAGUAUUCAGUGUCCGAAGUCCUACAAUUACGAAUCCAAUGGCGGCAUUGGGAAGGAUUGGAAUUCCAUUCUUUGCAUGUUCUCGAGGCAAGGUUUGUUGGAAAAGGUGCUUCACUGUUAUGCUUCUUUCAUCAACUCAGGUCAUUCGCCAAAUCAGUUCACCCUUGCUAUCACUUUGUCUGCCUGUGCGAAACUCCACAAUGCUGAGUUUGGCAAGCUGCUCCAUUCUCGUGCAAUUAAGUCUGCUUUUGAAUCCUUCUCAUUCUGUCAGGGUGCUCUUAUCCAUUAUUAUGCCAAAUGCAAUUCUCUCUCUUGUGCUCGCACCCUAUUUGACUCAGCACCUUCGCCUCACGUGGAUACUGUUUCUUGGACCGCUUUAAUUUCUGGUUAUGUUCAACUUGGGUUGCCCGAGGAGGCACUCCACAUAUUUGACAAAAUGCGCAACAGUGCUGCUCUUUGUUAUGCAGACCAAGUGGCGCUUGUCACUGUCUUAAAUGCUUACAUGUCUUUAGGCAAGCUGCAUGAUGCAUGCCUCUUGUUUGAACAGAUGCCUAUCUCCGUCUGUGAUGUUGUGGCAUGGAAUGUCAUGAUUUCUGGUCAUGCCAAGAGAGCCCAUUAUAAGGAGACUCUUUCCUUCUUUCAUCAAAUGAGGAAGCAUGGUAUAAAAUCCUCCAGAUCCACACUCGCGAGUGUUUUAAGUGCAAUUGCCAGCUUGGCAGCCUUGGAUCAUGGCUCCCUAGUUCAUGCAGAGGCUAUCAAGCUAGGCUUUGACUCCAGUAUGUACGUUGGAAGUUCUCUGAUCAACAUGUAUGGUAAAUGUGAAAUGUUGGAUGCUGCAAGGCAAGUAUUUGAUGCUAUAUCUCAGAAAAAUAUGGUUGUCUGGAAUGCCAUGCUUGGAGUUUAUUCACAGAAUGGUUAUUUAAGUAAUGUCAUGGAGUUGUUCUUGGAUAUGAUGACACGUGGAGUUGACCCUGAUGAAUUCACCUACACUAGCAUUUUGAGUUCGUGUGCUUGCUUUGAAUGCCUAGAAAUCGGUCGCCAGUUGCAUUCAGCUAUCAUCAAGAAAAGAUUUACAUCCAAUUUAUGUGUGAACAAUGCAUUGAUAGAUAUGUAUGCUAAGGCUGGGGCUUUGAAGGAAGCCAGGAAACAGUUUGAGCACAUGACAUCCCGAGAUAGCAUUUCCUGGAAUGCCAUUAUUGUUGGAUACGUGCAAGAAGAAGAAGAGAUUGAUGCUUUCAGUAUGUUCCAGAAAAUGAAUUUACAUGGCAUAGUACCUGAUGAGGUAUCUUUGGCCAGUAUACUUAGUGCUUGUGGAAAUGUAAAGGUACUGGAUGCAGGAAUGCAGUUCCAUUGCCUCUCAGUUAAGUUGGGUCUAGAAAUAAACCUUUUUGCUGGAAGUUCUCUUAUUGACAUGUAUUCUAAGUGUGGGGUCAUUGAAGAUGCACGUAAAAUUUAUUCUAGCAUGCCUGAGAGGAGUGUGGUCUCCAUGAAUGCUCUGAUUGCAGGCUAUGCUCUAAAAGACACAAAAGAAGCUGUUAAUCUUCUUCAUGAGAUGCAGGUAUUGGGAUUGAAACCAUCCGAAAUUACAUUUGCAACGCUCAUAGAUGUUUGUAAGGGGCCACCCAAGGCAAUUUUAGGCAUGCAGAUCCAUAGUGCUAUAGUAAAGAGCGGUCUCUUAUGUGGUAGUGAGUUCUUAGGGACCUCUUUGUUGGGCAUGUAUAUGGACUCACAAAGGAUUUCAGAUGCAAACAUUCUUUUCUCAGAGUUUUCUUGCCUUAAAAGCAUUGUGCUGUGGACUGCUUUAAUUUCAGGACAUAUUCAAAAUGAGUGCAGUGAUGUAGCCUUAAACUUGUAUCAUGAAAUGCGUGACAACAAUAUCUUACCUGACCAAGCAACAUUUGUUACUAUUCUUCGUGCUUGUGCUCUCUUAUCCUCGUUGCAAGAUGGUAAAGAGAUACAUUCUCUAGUUUUUCACACUGGUUUUGACUUAGAUGAGUUAACCAGCAGUGCCCUUGUAGAUAUGUAUGCUAAAUGUGGGGACGUAAAAAGUGCUGUUCAAGUUUUUGAAGAAUUGGCUAUUAAAAAGGAGGUGAUCUCUUGGAAUUCGAUGAUAGUUGGAUUUGCAAAAAAUGGUUAUGCAGAAAGUGCCAUGAAAGUCUUUUAUGAGCUGACUCAGUCAUGUGUUACCCCAGAUGAUGUCACAUUUCUUGGAGUGCUUACUGCUUGUAGCCAUGCAGGGUGGGUUUAUGAGGGUCGUCAAAUUUUUAAUGUCAUGGUAAACCGUUAUGGCAUUGAGCCCAGAGUAGAUCACUAUGCUUGCAUGGUUGAUCUUCUUGGUAGGUGGGGUUUUCUCAGAGAAGCAGAAGAGUUCAUUGACAAACUAGAAGUUGAACCCAAUGCUAUGAUUUGGGCCAAUUUAUUGGGUGCUUGCAGAAUACAUGGGGAUGAAAAAAGGGGACAGAGGGCAGCUAAGAAACUUAUUGAGUUAGAACCCCAAAAUUCUUCUCCAUAUGUUCUGCUUUCUAAUAUGUAUGCUGCAUCAGGACAUUGGGAUGAAGCUAGAUCUUUGAGGAGAACAAUGAUUGAGAAAGAUAUCCAAAAGAUGCCUGGGUGUAGCUGGAUUGUAGUAGGGCAAAAGAUUAACUUAUUUCUGGCGGGUGAUAUAUUACAUCCCAGUUAUGAUGAAAUUUCACAAGCCUUAAAGCAUCUGACAGCACUAAUUAAAGACAACAGAGUACAGGACGGUGGUAUUUCCCUGGUUGGUCAAGUUUAGUUAUUCAAUAUGGUCAGAAGUCAAGCGAUCAACUCAGAUUUGCUUCCUGACAGAAAAGAACCUUACGUAUACUGCUUAUAAGUGAAGGGGGAAAAUGAAAAGAGAGAAGACGGUAACUCCUCCUUUGUUUUAUUUUUCAAGUGUUUCUUAGGGAUUUCUAUAAGGGAAGUAAGGAAAUGAAUAUGGAUUUAUUGUUGUUUUUUUGGUAAACAGUAGCUGUAUUAUUUGCAUUCUGUGAUGCUUGAUAAGUGGUCUUCUCAAGGAUAUUUGUUGCUUUGCACUAUAUCAUGGAAAUGAGAACUGCAGAAGACCAAAACGGAAUGUCAUAUGACUUAAUGAUAUGAAGACCAAAAAGAUACUGUCAUGUGACCUGUAGAUAUUUCUUCUGGAAUCCGUGAUUUAGAGCUCGGAAGAUGUACUUGCAUAAAGCACUUAAAAAUUUUUAAAAUUAGAGGAGGAUUUGAAAGGUAUUUGUUCAUAAUACUUGUGAUAUAGUAAUAUCUAGUGGACUGACAUUGUUUCCUCAUGAAAAGUGUACUGAAGGUGAGUUACACCUGGACGCCAUAAUGCUAUCCUAUAUUACAAAAACAAAAUGUGGCUUGCUAAAAGUCGCCAUAUAUGACUGUAAACACUUCUCACAUUUCAAACAAGAAGCAAAUUCCCACAAUUCAGCAUCAAGUAUAUAGAUGCUCUAAUAUACCUCCUCCCCCCCAAAUUGAGUUAUUCACUUUUGCUAGACUAUUUAUUAAUUCUGCAAUAUUGUUUGGAGGAUGAAAAUUUUCUGGUUAACAUCGUAACAGAAAGUUUUAGGUCUAAGACCAGGAGAUUUCCCUUGCUAAGUGCCAUUGAAUGUGUAUCCCCUUGUUAUAUCUUGUAGUUGGUUGACUGCUGUCAUAUCAAUAUACAUGUAGAUGUGAUGACCGACGUAACUCAGGUGGUACACAUUCAGUAGUAGAGGGUGAUAGAAGUUUCUUUCUCCCAGAGCUCGAAAGAAUUUCUCCUUGUCAUAAUUUUGUUGCCUAAGAUGUUGUAAACUGUUGCCUUCUCUAUAAAUUUAUUGGAAAAAAACAGCUUUUAUUACAU